AUGCUUUCCAGUCCACUGAAUCUGCCAAAAUGGCUCGAGGAAAACUCUCACCUCUUGAAGCCUCCGAUCAACAACUAUUGCGUUUACAAUAAGGAUGUUACUGUUAUGAUCGUAGGAGGCCCAAAUGCACGUACCGACUACCACAUCAAUGAGACAGCGGAAUGGUUCUACCAAUACAAAGGCGCGAUGAUGCUUAAGGUUGUCGACGAAGGCAACUUUAGGGACAUCAUCAUCGGCGAAGGCGAAAUGUUCCUCCUGCCUCCUAAUACGCCACACAAUCCUGUGCGGUUUGCGAAUACAGUAGGAAUUGUUCUGGAACAGCUAAGACCGAAGGACUCGUUGGAUAGGUUGAGGUGGUACUGCACGAAUUGUCACAGCGUGGUGGACGAGGCUGCAUUCCAUUGCGCGGACCUGGGCACACAGAUUAAGGAGGCUGUGAAUGGAUUCAGAGACAGCGAAGAGAGGAGGAAGUGCAAGAAAUGCGGGGUUAUGGCUGAGUCUGCUCCCAAGCCUGGAGAAAUUCAAGAUCCAAAUCUGGCUUGA